AAAUUAGCUCUGCAAACUUGAAAGAUUUUGUCAUCCAUUACAUUACAUAGAAGCAAAUCAUUGUGACAAUGGAUAUGGUCAUGAGCAAGGUGGGUUCUUAUUGGCUGGGUCAACAAGCCAAUACCCAAAUUAGCUCUGUUGGCAAUGAGAUCAAUUCAUUGUCGAACAGCAUCGAAGGAGGAGCCAAAUGGUUAGUCAACAAGGUUAAAGGAAAAGUGCAGAGGCCCCUAACAGAGCUGCUCAAAGAAUAUGACCUGGCGGUAGGAAUAUUCCCCCGUGACGCCACCAACUAUGAGUUUGAGGAGAGCACAAAAAGGCUUACGGUGCACAUCCCAUCCGUGUGCGAAAUAUGUUAUCGUGACCAAUCGAUGGUGCGUUUCUCUACAGUGGUGACGGGUUACUUGGAGAAAGGCAAGUUGUCCGAGAUUGAGGGGAUGAAGACAAAAGUGAUCAUUUGGAUCAAGGUUUCGUGCAUAAUGUCCGAAGAAUCAAAGCUCCAUUUCACGGCGGGUAUUAGGAGAACAAGAAACCGGCAAGUGUACGAGGUUUAUCGAGACGGUAUAGGGGUCGACAAGUUCUGAAGUGACUUAGUGCUCGGUUGGUGUAAAUUGUAAUAACUGAAGAAAAAAAAUGGACUUUGAAGAUUGUAGUAACACAUUAUUCUCAUUUUAAGAUAUAAAUUAUUGAGACAUUGUAAUAUUGUUUUA